AUGAUGGCACAACCCGUGCCUCAUCAUGCGACGGACAAGAAACGCGUCAAGGUCUACGAGCUGCGCAACAAUGACUGGUUCGACCGAGGCACCGGCUUCUGUACCGCUGCGUUUAUGCAGACGGAAGACGGCCAACCUCGAGACCCCCGAGUCAUCGUCGAAUCCGAAGACCACCCCGAUCGGCUUUUGCUGGAGACAAAGAUCUGCAAGGAGGAUGGCUUCCAAAAGCAGCAAGGCAAGUCGCCCACUGCUACUCGGUGCGGCGCAACCCGACUGACUUGGGAAACAGAGACUCUGAUUGUCUGGACAGAGCCCAGCAAUGGCAUCGACAUGGCGCUUUCUUUCCAAGAAGCAGAUGGAUGUGCCCUAAUCUGGAAAUUCGUCAACAGCGUGCAGCAGACUUUCCAAGGUGGAAUGGUUGCCGCAGGUGGGUCGCGUGUGAUCGGACAAAGUCUGGACACUGUUGAUUCUGACGCCGCAGCUACAGAUGACAGCCUAUCUGAUGAUCUUGCUAUGGAGAUGCCAAGUACCGUCAGUCUCCCCCCAGCCGAAAUUGGAAACCUCCAGGAGAUCGAGACUAGCAUGCGCAUCAUGAGUCAGACGGCCGGUGGACGAGACGCUCUGGCCAAAUGCAUCAUGGGCGAUAACUACAUUGGCAGACUGAUUCCCUUAGUUGAGAUGGCUGAGGAUUUGGAGAGCCUUCCCGACCUCCAUCGGCUAUGCAACAUUAUGAAAACCGUUAUUCUUUUGAACGACACUGCCAUUAUCGAACAUGCGGUCUCUGACGAAUGUGUCAUUGGAGUGGUUGGCGCUCUCGAAUACGACCCGGAUUUCCCAAGCCACAAGGCAAACCACCGUCACUGGCUGGGCAACCAAGGAAGAUACAAGGAGGUUGUUCCCAUUGAGGAUGAACAGAUCCGACGAAAGAUACACCAGACAUAUCGGCUUCAAUACCUGAAGGAUGUUGUGUUGGCCCGAAUUCUCGACGACCCGACUUUCUCCGUGCUCAACUCGUUGAUCUUCUUUAACCAAGUGGACAUCGUCCAGCAUCUUCAAGGAAACGCAGGGUUCCUCAAUGAGCUAUUCAGUGUCUUCAAAGCGACUCAGCCGGACCAGAAACGAAAGAAGGAUGCUGUUAUUUUCAUACAACAGUGCUGUGCUAUCGCGAAGAACUUGCAGCCUCCCGCUCGGCAGACCCUGUUCACCAACUUCCUCCAUCAUGGACUUCUUCAGGUGAUUAACUUUGGUCUGCGCCACAGCGAUGUGGGUGUUCGGGUUGGAGCUACCGAUAUAUUGGUUGCUCUAAUAGACCACGACCCUCAGCUGAUUCGCCACACGAUCUACCGACAAUUACAGGAGCGCCAGCCCCCGCUGACGGACUCUCUGAUUGACCUUCUCCUUGUGGAAGUUGACCUUGGUGUUAAGUCGCAAAUUUCGGAUGCACUGAAAGUUCUCCUCGACAUGCCGCCACAGAUGUCGCAAGAGGUUUUCACUAAAGCCAACGGAGAAUACGUCAAUUCCGUUCGAAGAUCUGGAGAUGUCCAGCAAGAUGUCUAUAUUAAUAGUUUCUAUAGCACUUCCGCAACUCGCUUGUUCAAGCCGUUGAUGGAUCUUUAUGGUCGCACCGACAUGAAGUUCCCGGUGCAACAAGCCUCCAUGUUUACAUAUCUGAUCGAGAUAUUGUGCUUCUUCAUCAGGCAGCAUGGAAACCGCUCAAAGACAUUUAUUCUUGAGCAAGACAUCUUUCGGCGAAUUGCCCAGCUGUUGGCGUGUCCGGAGAAGUACCUUCGACUGGUUGCUAUUCGCUUCUUUCGUCAUCUUGCAGCCCUGCAGGACCCCUUUUAUGACAAGCAUAUCAUGGAACACGGGAUCCUGGAGCCACUGCUUCAGUUGGUUUCUCAAUCGAUGCCUCGGGACAACUUACUGAGCUCGGCUUGCGUGGAAUUUUUCGUCUUCAUAAAUGGUCACGAGAACAAAAAGGAUUACGCAAAAUUUCUCGUUCAAAAUUAUCGAGACCAGCUGGUUGAGCUCAGCUACGUAGACACCUUCAAAUCCAUUGUCACCAACUACGACCAAACACAAGGAUUUACUUUGGAUCUUUACAACGAGUCGGAGGAAGACCAUGCAAGACGAAUGGCCAACCCGCACGCGAGGCUAGCUGAACAACUUCCAGUGGAUAGCGAGCAAGAUGAAUACUUCAACACAUCGGACGACGAUGAAAACCCCGAAGGUCAGGCCUUUGAAAAGCUACACCCCACAAAUGGCUCUGCCGCAUCAACUCCGGGCUCAAAACCUCUAGUGGACUAUUCUUCGGACGAAGAAGCGGAUGAGAAUGUGGACCCCGAGGUCCUGCCCACAUCCGGUGAAAAGCAGGAGGGGGCAGAUGGCGCCUCCGACACAAGCAGCGAGUCAUCAUCGGUAGCACCACCAGAGCGGCUCUCAGAAAAGAGGCGCCGCGAAGAGGACGAUGACGACGAGCUUGGCAAGAUGAUGCAAAACAAACGAAGGAACAGCAGUUCCGCAGGCUCAAACGCAUCAAUGACAUCGGGCAUGGUCAGGAGGAAGAAGAGCUUUGCAGAUCGGUCAAACUCGGCAGCGCCGAAAAAGAUUGCCAUCAGCAUAUCUCCGUCAGUGAAAACCGGCGGCGCGGCGAGGUCGGACGACGAAUCCUAG